AUCAGCGGUGGACAGCGCCGAGCAGAAGGAGGGUUUGGAUGGGAUUUAUGGAUUAGAACCUCGGAGACCUUCAGCGGCAGAUAUCUGCUGCUUUCAACCUUUAUCUAGAUCGAAUCUGACUCAGCAAACUGCUGCUAACGGCUUCUAUCGUUUGGUGUGUCAGAGCUACGGAAUAAACCGCGACAAGAAAAGAAGAAAGGAGAGAGGGGGACGCAGCAGGACGGUUACCUUGACAACGGCCUCCAGGUGUGUCUGUGUGGGUGAGUAAAGCCGUCAUGUCGGUGGAGUGGAGCGGUGAUGGGGGGAAGUGGCUGGACGCCCACUACGACCCGGUGGCCGGCCUCUACACCUUCUCGUCCUGCGUGGACCUGGCCGACCUGAGCGGUGACGGGGAGAGCCGGCUGGUGGUGGGCGACCUGGGCUUGGGCGGCUCCGGCAUGAAGCUGAAGGUUUACCGCGGCACGGCGCUGAUGAGCGAGAGCACGCUGCUGGACCUGCCCGCCGGCCUCGUCGCCUUCUUCAUGGACCUACAUGAGCCCCGAAUCCCCGCCGUCGCCGUGGCGUCCGGACCCUGCAUCUACGUCUACAAGAACCUGCGGCCGUACUUCAAGUUCACGCUGCCCGGUCUGGAGGUCAACACGCUGGAGCAGGACGUGUGGCAGCAGGUGAGGGAGGGGCAGAUCGACCCUCUGACGCUGAAGGAGAUGUUGGAGAGCAUCAGGAAGAAGGCCGACGUGCCGCUGUCGGUUCGCUCACUGCGCUUCCUGUCGCUGGACGGCGACGACAUGCACGACUUCGUACAGCUGCACAAGCUGCAGCCAAUCAGACGGCAGACAGUCAUCACCUGCAUCGGAACUCUGAAGAAGAGCACAGCGGACGAAGACGGAGUCAGCUGUCUGGUGAUCGGGACGGAGAGCAGCGACGUCUUCAUCCUCGACCCCGAAGCCUUCAUCAUCCUGUCCAAGAUGUCUCUGCCGGCUGCUCCCACCAUGAUGGACGUGACGGGUCAGUUUGACGUGGAGUUCCGCAUCACGGUGGCAUGUCGUAACGGCAACAUCUACAUCUUGCGCAGGGAGUCCGACAAACCAAAGUACUGCAUCGAGCUGUCUUCUCACCCCGUCGGUCUGGUGAGACUCGGGAAGAACGUGGUGGUCGGCUGCACCGACGAGAGUCUGCAGGGCUUCACCCAGAAGGGGAAGAAGUUGUGGAAGACCAUCCUCGCUGCUCCCAUCACCACCAUGGCCGCCAUGGACCUCCCCACCAGGGGCUUCCUGGCGGUGCUGGUGGGUCUGGCCAACUGCGAGGUGCAGCUGUACCGGGACAAGAACCUGCUGAGCACCAUCAAGACUCCCGACGUGGUCACCAGCAUCUGCUUCGGCCGGUACGGCCGCGAGGACGGGACGCUCAUCAUGACCACCAAGGGAGGCGGCCUGAUGGUGAAGAUCCUGAAGAGGACGGCGGCGUUCGACGACAGGGACAGCGCUCCCGGCCCGCCGCCGGCCCAGAGCAUCCGACUCAAUGUGCCCAAGAAGACCAAGCUGUACGUGGACCAGACGCUGAGGGAGCGUGAGAACGGCCUGGCCAUGCACCGCGCCUUCCAGAUGGACCUGAGCCGCCUGAGGCUGGCCGCCGCCAAGGCCUACGUCAAGGCGCUGGAGUCCAGUCUGACGCCGAUGUCCUCCAGCCUCUCGGAGCCGCUCAAGAUGAACGCCGUGGUCCAGGGCCUUGGCCCAUCCUUCAAGCUGACCCUGAACGUCCAGAACACGGCGGCCUGCCGGCCCGUCAUGAACCUGGCCAUCAGCUUCCUGUACGACGAGAGCCUGUACCGGAUGAGGAGCCCCUAUCUGAGGAUCCCCCUGCUGGUGCCCGGACUCAUCUACCCCGUGGAGACCUUCGUGGAGUGCACCAGCGACAAGGGCAUCUCUGACAUCAUCAAGGUGUUUGUGCUGCAUGAGGGGAGGAGCUCACCGCUGCUGACCGCCCACAUCAACAUGCCGGUCAGCGAGGGCCUGACGCUCACCUGAUGAUCAGCUGAUGAUCAGCUGAUGAUCACCUGAUGAUCUCCUGAUGACUGAUGGUCCAGCUGGCUGAUUCAGAUAUUUUUGAACAUUUUGGAAAAAUUCUGUUCUGAUAAAUUCAAGUUUAAAAAUUCAAAAUGACUAAUUCAGACUAAAGUUACAAAAAAGUUUAUUAUAAAUUAAUUAAGAAUUUAAUGGGAAUUGCUCAGAGAUAAUGAUUGUAAUAAAUUAAACUGAAUUUGAAUCUAUUACACUGAAACCAAAAUAACAUAUAUAUAUAUAUAUAUAUAUAUAUAUAUAUAUAUAUAUAUAUAUAUAUUCUGUUUUAAUGUAAUAGAUUUUAGUUUGAAUAGAAUUAGUGAAGCUGAGAUAUUCAAAUGACAUUUUUUACAUUUCUGUUGCAUUUCUUCAGGUUGAAAAUCAGAAAAAUGACUUUAAAGGUAAAAUGCAGAUGUUUAAAUAUCUACUUUAGUUCACUUUUCAGGUUAUUUUUUGUAAAGUUGAGAAAUUGUUGGAGCUGCAGACAAAUGUUUAAACUGAAGAUGUAGAGUUUCAGCUGCUUCCUGUUUGUAGAAUUUCAGUUUAAAGCAGCAGAUUCACUGCAGAGGAAAACUUGUAGAAACAGAACAGAUGUCUUCUGUAUUUCUUACAUUAAGUCUGGUGUGAACUAAAAUAAAAGCUGAACUAAUGGG